CGUCAGGCGGUGUCUGUGCGUCCGUCCGGCCGCACCAGGAAACUCAACACCGCGGCGGGGGGGACAAAGGCUGCGCUGUCCCCUCCUGCGGCGUGGCUAUAAAACCUCCCGAAACCUCCCCAAACACCCCGACACCUCCCGGGGGCCACGACCCGCCCGCAGCUCUCUGACCACAGCGAGGGCGUGUGCGGGGCCAUGGCCACGGGUGAACUGACCGAGCUGGAAUUGGCCAUCGAGAAGAUCAUCGACGUCUUCAUCGCCUGCGCGGGCAAGGAGGGCAGGAAGGGCACCCUGAGCACCAGCGAGUUCAAGGAACUGGUCCAGCUCCAUCUGCCCAACCUGAUGAAGGACGUGCCCUCUCUGGAGGAGAAGAUGAGCGAGCUGGACUUGAACAACGACGAGGAGCUGAGAUUUGGGGAGUUCUGGCGGCUCAUCGGGGAGUUGGCCAAGACCAUGAGGAGAGAGAAAAUGGGGAAGAAGUGACGGGGCCAUGGGAGACUCAGCUGACGUGGAGCAAAUAAAAGAGGUUUCCCUGA